CACUUCAACGUGGGGCAUCUGCCCACAGUUAUCUUCCCAUGGUUCUAUCCACUAAUCAGACAGCUCACGAUAUGCCUUACACACCAGCUCAACAACCCCACCGACCGUUUCUACCACCCUCAAGUUGCCUCACAACACUUCUUAAGCCAUCACGACAAUGGCCACGCCCUUCGCGAAAGCCCUCUCCGCAAUUGACGCAGCGCACGCCCUCGACCCAACCCAGAUAACAGUCCACAACUCCUCAACACCCUACGAACUCCACUAUGCGCAAAAAUGCACCUCGUACCUAGACCAGCGCGCGCCCUCUGCGUCAGAACCCCUCCGCCUCGCAAUCCGCGCCCAGCACUUCCGCCGUUGGGAAGUGCCCCGCUCCACCUACCCUAUGACACGCAUCGGCUACCACGCAUGGCGCACGUAUCUAAAAAAGCGACAAGCCGAGCUAGUAGAGGAGAUAUGCGUGGAAGCAGGGUACUCUGCCGCUGAUGCAGCGAGAGUGGGCGCGCUGAUACGCAAGGAGGACUUGAAGGCUGAUGAGGAGACGCAGGUCUUGGAGGACGUGGCGUGUCUGGUGUUUCUGGACGAUCAGUUCGAGGCGUUUGAGAAGACGCUUGAUGAAGAUAAGAUUGUGAGCAUAUUGAGGAAGACGUGGGGAAAGAUGACAGAGAGGGGGCAUGAGUUGGCGCUGAAGAUACCCAUGAGUGGACGGCCGCAGGAACUUGUGCAAAAGGCCCUUGCAGGCUGAUUCAAUUAAUUCAUUAUUUUAAUAGUGUUAUUCGGAGUUGAGGUAUCAUGUCUGUACAGGUGAUGUAGGCUUCAGACCUAAUAUGUCGUCCAUAUUAUCUUCUCGGGAAGGUAAUCCAUCAUUCUAGGCCGCUGGGAAAGUUGCAAUUGCGUCGUGAUUAGGUGCGCAUGUCUAUGCGCCACCCUCCCUCUUAGCAUAUUCCUCCUCAAUCCUCUCCUCAUACAAUCUUUCCGCGUCCUCCUCCUGCUGCGUCUUCUCCGUGUGGCUUGCGCUCGCUACGCUCUGAGUCGAUUGGUUUCCGACAUGCUGCGCUGUCUGCGCCGUCGUAGAAGAGGUGGUGGUGGAAGUGGACUUGGUCGACGUGGAAGGAUCUGCGACCGGCAUCUUGGACGUUUAGAAAUUGAAUUGUCUGGAAUGUGUGACUGGUUUAAGGUUUGAAGUAGUUGUUUGAUGCUGGUGCAAGUGUUCGUGAUCGGCU